GUUCAUAUCUCAUUAGCUGGGGACAAACACAUGCGGGUCACAUGGGUCACCAAUGAUGGAGCUUCUCCUUCUAUUGUUGAAUAUGGAACAUCCCCCGAAAAAUAUAGUGCUACAGCUCAAGGAGAAAGUACCAAGUACAGUUAUCUAUUAUAUAGUUCGGGAAAGAUACAUCACACUGUCAUUGGACCAUUGCAAGAAAAUACCACUUACUUCUAUAAAUGUGGAGGCGAAGGUCCUGAAUUCCAGCUGAAAACUCCACCGUCUAAGUUUCCAGUUACUUUUGCUGUGGCUGGUGAUUUGGGCCAGACUGGAUGGACUAAGUCAACUUUGGACCACAUAGACCAAUGCAAAUACGAUGUUCAUUUGCUUCCUGGUGACCUUUCUUAUGCUGAUUAUUUACAACAUAGGUGGGAUACAUUUGGUCAACUCGUUCAGCCGCUCGCUAGUUCUAGGCCAUGGAUGGUGACACAAGGGAAUCAUGAAAAAGAAAGCAUACCAUUUCUAAAGGAUGGGUUUGUCUCUUAUAACUCAAGGUGGAAGAUGCCAUUUGAGGAGAGUGGAUCCGCUUCAAAUUUAUACUAUUCAUUUGAUGUUGCUGGGGUUCAUUUCGUUAUGCUCGGAUCUUAUACUCCUUAUGAUGAGUACUCUGAUCAAUAUAGCUGGCUGAAGGCUGAUCUUCUAAAAGUGGAUCGUAGAAGAACACCUUGGUUAGUUGUUCUAUUCCACGUGCCAUGGUAUAAUAGUAACAGAGCCCAUCAAGGUGAAGGUGACGACAUGAUGUCAUCUAUGGAGCAUUUGCUGUAUGCUGCUGGUGUAGAUAUAGUGUUCGCUGGGCAUGUUCAUGCUUAUGAACGCACGAAACGAGUUUACAAUGGUAAAUCUGAUCGUUGUGGUGCUGUCCACAUUACAAUUGGCGAUGGAGGAAAUAGAGAAGGCUUAGCUCACUGGUACAAACAGCCCCCACCAGAAUGGUCGGUCUUCCGUGAAGCAAGCUUUGGUCAUGGUGAACUUAAGAUGGUUAAUUCAACUCAUGCCUAUUGGAGUUGGCAUAGGAACGAGGACGAUGAAUCAGUGCAAUCCGAUCAGGUUUGGCUAACCUCGUUGAUUGGCUCAGGUUGCAAUACUGGUGGAGGUAGCCAUGACAUGAGAAGGAUUCUUAUGGCCUCUUAGUCCCGACUGUCAUCCGAACUCUCUUGGUCGGAAUUACACGAUGUACACUGUGAUUUCUUUUUAAUAGUAGAUUUAAUACCCUCGACUUUUUUGGUUUUACUUCUUUAUAUUUUGAAUUUCGUUAGUAAAAAUCUUGGCUUCGCCACUAGACUUGUAGAUACAUAGGUGAUUUGUUUAUAUUAUUGUUAAAUUUCAAGCAGCAUUAGUUUUUGUAUAUGUAUUUUAUUUGAAGAAUCACUCAAUUAGUGUACUAUUUUCCACGGUGAA